AUGACCACGACCCACGAGCCAUCCAAGGUUCCCUUGGUGGUUCCCAAUAUCAUUGAUUCCAUGAUAGCUGUUGACAAUAUUGAAUCCCCGCAAUCCGAUACUCGAUUUUCAGAUGCAUAUGAUGAGAAGGAUGAGGAUACAACAGUAGCAAAAGCUGAGGAGGAAGAUACAAGCGAUGAUUAUGCCAUGACAUUUGACUCUGAUGGGGAAGAACAUUCAGAUAGUCACGAUAUAUCACAGGCAGUUGACCAAGAGUUGAGCAAUCUUUCUAACGCAGUGCCAACCAGCGAAUUGCCUACUUCUAUUUCCAACGAUCGAUCUGCCACAUUUGAUUCCCAAAAUGGCCCAGAAACCCAACCCGCCCUUCUUAUCCCUUCUCUUACUGUCCCUCCGAUUCCUCAAUCUACAGCUGCCCAAAGCUCUGAUCAUUCUCAAAAUCCCAUUACCAAUACCGAACCCACAAGCUCUGAGGAUUCCAACGGAGAAAUAGACAUCCAACAACUUUUGGACAAUAUUACUGCCAAUGCCGAGAUAAAUGCACAAGCUGCCCGCCCAAAUUCUUCCUCUUCUAGCAAUGUCCCUCCAAAAGGUAGCUCAAGUCUGCCUACCCAUGCAAGCCUUCCCCCUCGUCCACAAAUUACACAAAUUCCCAAACGUUCCAAUUAUACUUCUUUCGAUGAGCCCCUUAAGUACAAUGCUGGAGGUUCAGGUUAUUCACACCAACCCAAUUCCUAUAACCAUUCUGGUGUAACAUCAUCAUUAGUUGCAGUCGGUGCUCCUGGUACCGCUACUGAUUCCCGAUAUGGACUUCCCCCACCCCCAUCUGUUUCUUUCAAUCAUUCCCCUCAAGAUACGAACAGCCCACAACCCUAUUUACAAUCCCACCGCAUGCCAUCCGUCGUUUCCUCCGAUGGUCAUGAUAAUGAUGACAGACCAUGGGGUCCGAUAGUCCAGAAAAAAUAUGAUGAAUUCCUUGAUAGAGAACGCACAUAUGUCACUGAAGGGCUUUGGGAACGAUUCCCCAAAGGCUCACGAUUGUUUAUAGGUAAUCUCCCAUCGGAAAAACUCACCAAACGAGAUCUGUUCCAUGUUUUUCACAAGUAUGGUGAACUUGCCCAAAUAUCGAUCAAACAAGCAUUUGGCUUUGUUCAGUUUCAUGAUGCAUCAGCUUGUCAUAAAGCUCUCGAGAUGGAACAGGGCAAAGAAGUCAGAGGCCGCAAAAUGCAUCUCGAAGUCUCCAAGGCACAGAAGAACACACGAAAGGAUCAUACUAGCGGUCAAUCCUGGAGAAGAUCCCAAUCUCCUGAACAUACAAGAGGAAACGCAUCAGGUCGUAAUCGGAAUGCCCAAUUCGAAACUCGUGGUUCUGGCUACAACCAUAAUGAUCGCCAUAGAUCGCAACAACAACAUGGGAAUCAGCGUACACAUGAUGGAUAUCGACCGGGUAGAUCGCCAUCGCCAAUUCGAGGCUAUAGAGGUAGAGAUGAAUACAGGUCUACCCGUAACAAUGACUCGUACGAUAGUAGAGAUAGACGGCGUUCACGAUCUCCAUUUUCAGGCGGACAACGUGGCAGCUAUCGAGACCGGAGCCCGAGUCCGAGAAGUCGUGAAGCCAGUGAAGAUGGUGCACUUCAAAUUCCGCGACGUGAACCAUCAAUGGUUCCUGAUGUUCAAAUCAUUCUCACGGCGGAGCUAGACCGAGGAUUUGUCUCCUGGGUCGAAGGAGAACUUCGUGGACGAGGUGUGAAAACCGAAGUAAUGUUCCUCAGCCCUCGGCUCCCUCUUCAAGCUGUCGUACGAAGACAGAUUCUCGAAGGUGUCAUCGCCGUUUCUGAACUUGAUAUGAGAUCUCAGAAUGCCAGCAAAAUACCCCUUCAAGUAUUUGAUCGCUCGGGAGGCAUAAAUGCUGCAGUUCGAUUCGACGAAUAUCAGGACCUGGAACCCAAAAUUGCUGCGGAGCUUGUUGUCCGCGCGAAAGCCACGGCUCAAAGACCUCAGUACCCACCAAACCCAGCUCCAGUGUACCAAGCACCAACAGCACAACCAAGCCCAAACCUUGCAAAUAUUAUGGGACAGUUGGAUAAUCCUACUUUGCAGAAAUUGCUAGGUACAUUAAACAAUAUGCCUCCACAGCAGAAUGCACCCGCUGUGGCAACAAACUCGACAGUUGACCUUGUGAGUCUGUUAGGUGGUCUAGCUCCACAACAGCAACAAGUCUAUCAGCAAUCAAUCCCACAAGCAGCAGCCGGACCUUAUGGUGGCUAUAAUAAUAACGUUGUAUAUGGACAACCAGCUGCACAACAAAAUGGACAAGAUGCACAGCAGGUUCAGGCUAUUAUGGCUCAAUUGGCCAGAUACAGACAGUAA